GCUUUGAAGAAAGGUUAUUUUGCGCAUAUGAUAACUGUCAAUAUAUUAUAAAUUUUUAGUUGACUCAUACGAUUGUGAUUGGUGAUUAGCUUUAAUGAAAGGUGAAUGAUUCAUUUUCAGUUUUAUUAAAGCUUUAGUUAGUUUUGGAAAUUCGAUAAACCUUUUUUUCUAAAAUGUGGAUGCCUACUCAUGUCCAGGUCACAGUUCAGAGAGCUACAGGCCUGUUGACUAAAGGUAAAAAUCACACAAACGACUGCUUUGUAACUAUAGCUUUAGGAAAAACAAAAUAUCAGACAUCUGUUAAGGAAAAAUCACCUACAAACGUAGAGUGGCAUGAAGAAUGCGAAUUACCAAUUCCUGACCAAGGAAAUAAAGCCGACAUAAUACUUACAACAUUGCAUCGUAACUUCAUGGGAGUUGAUGAAUUUUUGGGUAGAGUUGUUAUACCAUUGAAUGAAUUGGAUGUUUACGAAAGACCAAAAAAUAAGUGGUACACCCUUCAGAGCAAAGCAGGCCAUGAAAACAAAGCUAAGGAUCGUGGAAAAUUAGAAGUGAAAAUUGGAUUCACAGUAAAAUCUGGCAGUCUAUCAGAUAUAACAAAAAAAGAAAAGCAUAAGUCAUCCAUGGGUCAGUUAUCACAUGUCGCCCAAUCUGUUGGUGGCAGUCUAUUGAGUCUGGGAAGUGGAGAAAAAAGAAAGGGAAUUAAAAAAUUUGCUAAAUCGAUAGGGUCGAAAAUGCAUUUGAGGAGUAAAAAAGAUAGUGAUCUGGACGAGAGUUCAUCAGUAGGUAGCGUUAGUAGUUUGCAAAGGCGCAACUUAAGUUUGAAUAAUUUCAAAAGUAGACAGACUAGAGAAGAUGCUGAUCCUGGAGUUGUCAGUGAAGAUGAAGAUGAGUUUGCAUUUGAUGAAUUAUCCCAUAAAAGUUCCGCCAGUUCUUUGAGCCAAAACCUAAAUACACUUUCAAAUCUUAACGACUCAUCAAUUCAUAGUGACACAUCACCUCCAGUAAAACCAGCCAGGGUUGAACAGAAACAGCAUGACGAAUGGGAGACUAAACUGCUUGGCAAGAACAAAAAUGUAUUAAAGCCAAACACUACAGAAUCCUUGAACAGGCGAUCAUGGGAAGCAUCCAAGUUGGAUACUCAAAUUGAAGAGGAGCCUUUAGAACUGAAUUAUAAUUCGAAAGAAGUCGUAAGGACACCAGAAAAAGAAGAGAGAUCCAAAGAAGAUCAACUUGGAAUGUUCUCUAAGUUGAUGCACUUGAGAAAAGAAAAACUAGACAUUUCAGAAGUUAAAAAGCCACCUAGUAACUGCAAUGAACGUAUUAUUAUAGGUGGUGAGAAUACAUCACCAGUGAUUCUAACUAGCAACUCCAAAUUGUCCAGUGAAUUGCUGCUCAAGUACCAGGACAAAUCGAGAGAGGAUUUGAUAUUGAUGACUGUGAACCUCCAGAAUGAGGUAGAUUCUCAGAAAAAAAAAUUAAAAGAUCUUGAGGAUUAUAUUGAUGAUUUGUUGCUUCGCGUGAUGGAAACAACCCCUAAAAUUCUGCAAAAUCCUUAUGUAGAUUGUAAAGUAGAAUUUUCACAGAAAUAUUGAAGAAAUGUGAUUUUUUUACCUUCCAUGUGUGUCUUCAGCAGUGCCUAAUUUAUUAAUUAUUAUCAAGAGGUGAUAAAAGAUGAUUGUUGUUCCUUAUUGAAAUUAUUCUUUUUCCAGAGAAUAAGGGAAGUAAGAUGUUGUGCCCGUAUGAAAUUUUACAUAAAUAUGUUUUGGUUUAACUACUUAGUUGUGAUGACAUUUGUUUCAAUUGCACUUGGUCACUGACUAUCUGAGCAAAAAUGAAAAACUACUCCCAAGGAAAAUUUCAUUUCAGAAUUAUUUCAUUUCCCUGUGAAUUUCUUAUCGUUAUUUUACAUACUAUUUGACGAAAAUCGUUUUAUUUUAUAAGUUAGCCCAAUUUGCAUUUGGCAUUGUUCUAAAGAUUCAGAAGACUACUUCUGAAAAAAAAAACGUGUUUGAACAAUUUAUUCUGAAGCAAAAACCAAAUAUAUUUUUUUAUGCUGUUUACUAGGUAUUUAUUCCAUUUAUACUACUGUUGUGACGUAUUGCCUGAACAACUCGACAUCAAUUCGAAGCUGGUGUUUUAUGAGGAAUUUUCAUGUUGAUUAUUCUUUGUUGAAUUGACAGGUUAUUUUGUAUUGAGUUACAAAAGAAUUGUGUUGACUUUUACAUCACUGUUAUAAUCUUUCGAUAUUAUUUAUUCAGAUAUAUUCUUAUUUUUUUAUUCAUUCUAUAAUAUUUAUUUGAUAUUACUAAAAUUUGUGAGGGGGGUUUGUUGAAUAAACUGAAAAUUGAA